GUAGGUGGAUCUUCCUCCCUACAUCUCAUUUUUGAUUCAUCUUGGGGUUCUUUCACCCAGGGGCAGAUUUCCUGUUUAGUCUUUGUUUUAGGCAUCUUGCUUUUCUUGUAUUCAAGCACCCAGGCUUGAAGCCCUCAAAUAAAAUAAGGAAGCUCAAUUUAAAAGACAUAUAAUUGUAGCUCUAAAAACACAUGUGGCCGGUGCGUGGCUAAAUGCUCUAAACAGAUUUGUGAUCACUUAGACAUUGGCACAGUUACUUUUGUGUCAUGAAGCAGCCAAGGAGACUGCAAAAUUGGUUUGCGGUGACUGGACCUCCUUAAUCAUUGAAUGCUGCAGCUUUCUUUUCCUCUUCCAGUGACUUUACGGUGUUCCUGGUUUCAAGGCCUUGUAUUCUCAGGGUGGAUUUGUGAAAGAUUCCCCAGGGCACAGAGGAGAGAGGCAAACGUUGCUCAGCAGCACCGCGAAAUAAUAAGCUAUUGUGAAAGUUGGAUGCAAACGUUCAGAAUAAGAAAGUUAUUCACCUUGAGUGGCUGGGAUUCGGGCCAAGGCACGACUCGCUGCGUACCCGUGGGCCGAGGAGUUCCCUCUCGCCUUUCCCUCUUGUUCCUUCCUUGUCUCCUGUGUUUCUUGCUGGGGCGAUGGGGCAGGAGCUGCAUCACGUCAGACUCGUGUGAUCUCUCCCUGCCCGGCUGAUCCUGUGCCGUCACUUGGAGACGCUGUGAUGGGUGUUGGGCAGCGACACCCGGCAGCGGGGUGAGGCAUUCCGGCAUUUUCUCCUGCAUUUGGAGCCUGACAUUGAAUUUACAAACUUUGGGCUGAGUAGAAGUGACUGAAAGAGAACUGGCUGCGAUUCAUGAGAUCUUGAGAAGUGAAGGCUUGUCUUUGUCAAGAUGAAGUGCUGAGCGUUCUUCUGAUGGGCUUAAAUGGCUCUCACAGCUCUGGUGACUGAAAUCUGUGGCAUCCACUGCAGCUGGAGUGUAGUAGUUGUAUAGAAAAUGUGAAACAUUUGCUUUACAAUGCGUAUGCCCCCCCAUAGAGGACAGUAGGUCUGGACUGGCCACACUUCCAGGCUUCUGCAAACCCCUUUUUGUUCCGUCUGUCCGCCCAGGGUAUUUUGGAGCAGGUUGCAAGUGGAGAAGGAGCUUCCCGUGUGUCUGCCACAGCCCUGUUCCCCAGGAGCAGCUGCUCACACGCUGCUGUGCCAGCCCGUGGCUUUCAGGUGACAUCAGGGCAGCCCCCCACUCAAAGGCAGCGUCCAGCCGAGCAGGAUAUUCCCUCCUGCACCCCCCAGAACUGCUGGUGCCGGUGUCUGCACUGAGCUGGGGAGAUCAGGCCGAUGGGAGAUCCUGCCUGCGGGUAGGAGGUGAUUCUCCAGCUGGGUUUUUGUUGCAAUGAAAGCAGAAAGCGGCUCUUCUGUGAGUAUGUAGCACAGGUAGAAACAGCUUCGAGGGCAAGGGGACAGUUGCACUUGGAGCCAUAAGUCUUGUCAGACUGUCCAGCAAUGGGCACUUUUGGUUCAAAAGGGGAAGCUGAGGCACAGAGAGGGGGACGUGGCUGUGAGUCAGCAGCGAGGACGGUGCUUCCCGACUUCCCCACGGCUCUUCUGGGAAACGGUGACCUGCAAGUCCCAGUCCUGAGGGGGGACCAGGCUGCAGGGACACAGGCUGGUGGUUGAAGCGUGAGAGCAGAUAUGUCUGACUUUUGCAGUGCAGGGUUUGUGUGGCUUGAUGACCUGUCCUCGGUGGAGACCGACCUCAAGUGAACAGCGAUAGGCUCUGAGAUGCUGGGAUGCUGCCAUGGGUGCCAGCCUGGGAGCUUUUAAGCAUCUUUUUCCUGCAGGGAAGCUCAGAAGAGAGUCGCCUUCAGAAGUCGGAGUGCUUAUUAAGUUUGGAGGCUUACUCCCAGGAGCAGAAGAAGAGGAUCUGCUGGUGUCUAGCUGAGAACAUCACCAAGCAGCAACAUCCGGCACCGGCUCCUACAGAGAACAAGAUGCUGGAGACGGAUGCUGAGAAGCUGGGACCAAUGCACUCAGAAGAUGGGAAGGUGGUGAUGGGUGAUGCUCCUCCAGCUGCAAAGGCAUCAGCUGCAUGUGAGCCCCAGGAAUCUCUGAGAGCCACCCGGAGUCCUCUCCUGGUGGAAAAGCAGCCGGUGGCCACCGAGAAGAGAGAGGAGCAGCCCAGCUCCCUGCCAGCCUUCAUCAUCCCCGAGCUGCGGCUCGACAGCACCUUCAGCCAGAGUGCGGCGGGCACGGCGGGUGGUACCACGGAUGGUGAGGAAGAGGAGGAGGAGGAUGAGGAGGAGGAAGAUGAGGAUGAGGAAGAUGAUGAGGGGGAGGACAGCGACGAGCACUACUUGGAGAGGAGCGACGCGAAGCGCAGCAGCAUGAUUGAGACAUCGGGCUGUCAGCCCGUCUACACGCUGAGUGUGCAGAGCUCCCUGCGGCGCCGCACCCACAGCGAGGGCAGCCUGCUGCAGGAGGCCAAGAGCCACUGCUUCACCUCCGACACCACCCUCAACUGCUCCGACAGCCAGGCCGCCACGGGCCACUGGGCCCUGCCCUCCCCCAGGACCCUCAAGAAGGAGCUCGUCAAAAACGGCGGCUCCAUCCACCAGCUCUCGCUGCUGUUUUCGGGCCACAGGAAGCUGAGCGGAGCUGAGCCCGAGUGCAGCUGCGACGAAGGGGACGAGACCUCCCGCAAGAAACGGAGCAAGAACCUAGCCAAAGACAUGAAGAACCGGUUGGGGAUUUUUCGGCGGCGAAACGAGUCCCCGGGGGCCAACCCCUCUGGCAAGCUGGACAAAGUGCUCAAGUCGCUCAAGCCCACUCCCGAGGAAGCUCUCAAGUGGGGCGACUCCCUGGAGAAGCUGCUGCUGCACAAAUACGGACUCGCUGCCUUCAGGGCCUUCCUGCGCACCGAGUUCAGCGAGGAGAACCUGGAGUUCUGGCUGGCUUGCGAGGAGUUCAAGAAGAUCAAAUCCCAGUCCAAGAUGGUCUCCAAAGCCAAGAAGAUUUUUGCUGAGUACAUCGCCAUCCAGUCCUGCAAGGAGGUCAACCUGGACUCCUACACGCGGGAGCACACCAAGGAGAACCUGCAAAACAUCAGCCGCAGCUGCUUCGACCUCGCGCAGAAAAGGAUUUACGGGCUCAUGGAGAAGGACUCGUACCCUCGCUUCCUGCGCUCUGACUUGUACUUAGACAUAAUUAACCAGAAGAAAAGCAGCUCCCCGCUGUAGACCCAAGGACUCUUUUGGGGCAGGCUGGGAGCUAUGUGUUUACAUGGAAUGGGGUGGCGGAGGCCUUUCUGGGGACGGCAGGAGCGUGCCUCCCGCUGCCGUUCGUGCCCCUAAGCCGUAUUCCUGCAGUGGACACGUGUGGGGCAGCUGGAGGCACCAAGCCCGAGGCCGAGGGGACCAACAAGCCAAGCAGUCUGGUACUGCUGCAUCGCCCCGUCUCACCAGCGCUGGUACGACGCCUUCGGGGUGACUCCGACGGGGAUUUUAGCCAGGAGGGAAGCUCCCACUAGACUACUGUGAAGCAUGUGCCUGAGCUGCGCGUUGCUGGAAGGUCACGAGUGAUCCCAACUUGGUGAGGAGGGACUUUUGUGCAGUGCUCCAGCAAGGGGACAACAGCACCCACACGAACAUCCUCCCUGGAUAACAGGCUUCAGAACUGGACCAGCCCCACGAUGCUGCUGUGCUUCCCGUGCCGGCGAUGCGUCCCCCAAGCAGCUACAUGGCAGGAGCCCCCGGUGCUUCCUUCGCUCGUGGCGGGUCCCCCAGGAGCAGCGAGCGCCGCGUCCCUCCCCGCGCCGGAGGCGUGUGAGCAACCGCCUCCCGCUCCCACCCCUGGUUUAUUUAUUGACCUCCUAUAGCUGGACGCGUUGCUGUGUAAUAGGAAAUCCUCGUGUCCUUUCCUCUUCUGAAAUUACAAGUGCAAUAUUUGUGUGUGUCGCGGCGGAAUUCUCCGGUGGAGCGGAUGCCUUUUUGUUUUUUGUGGGUUUUUUUCUGAGUGCGUACAACAUUUUCUAAGUUAGCAGGUUUUAUCCGACAAAAUGCGUUCCCUGGCAGCGGGCCGCUGGGGGAGCCUGGGUGUAUAUAUCAUACCCGGACGACGGAGGGUUUCGUGAUGGAGAAAAGCAGCUCUGUGAAUCAGACGCUCUCCGUACUCUGGAUAACUAUGUUGUAUUUUGAGACGCAGGGGUUAUUGCUGAACGUGGCGGAGCUGGACGGACUGCCUGCCUCCAGGCACCCAGUUUGCAGUGCGCAGCAUCUCUGCAGCUAGCAAAAGUACAUUGUCAUGGUCAUAGGUAAAUAAAAGGAGAAUAUAA